AUGAGUGCUGGCUACUAUAAUGAUCUCCCCAUCAGCUCUCCCAUCGAUCGCACCUGCAUUGACCGCACGCCACCCCCAAGCACUCCCUUCGACCACCUCUGUCGGAAAGGUCCUCUCUCAGCCCUCCAGGAGGCACUGUCCACAGAACCUUUGAGCCCAGCCUUUCUGCAUCGAGCUUUGACCCAUGCCCUUCAGGCAGGGAACCUCCAAACAGCCGAGUAUCUCCUCACGAGUGGAGCCCCCAUCCUUGAACGCACCCCUGUCAGCAUUCUUGAAGGCCCAGAAGACCAGCGCCUUCGACUAUUUGAUCUUCUCAACCGUCGCGGAUGGCACCCCCACACUCACCGUCCUGUAGACAGGAUCAUAUUGAGUCGGGUGGUCAACGAUGCCCCUGUGCUGGAAUGGUUCCUCGCCCAUGGGUUCAAUCCAAACGAUGUGGGCCCAAUCACGGGCGCUCAAGGGCUGACUCCGCUUGAACUGGCUGCCAACUACGGGAAUCCCAAAUCCGUCCGCCUACUCCUCGAUGCGGGCGCAAAUAUCGAAGAGGGCGCCCCGCUGCACUGCGCGGCGGGUAGAUGUCCUGCUGGCUGGAAUCCACAUGUCUAUCCCAACCAGAAGAUUCAGAACGAAGACUCCGACCGUGCGCAGAUCCCAAUCAUGGAGUUGCUCGUCGAGCGGGGUGCAAAAGUGAAUGCGGCGGAGGAGACGCAGCACAUGACGCAUCGGUAUGCCCUUGUCUAUGCGGUUGUGGCGGGCGCAAGAUACCGGGUGCGGUGGCUGCUGGCGAAAGGGGCAGAUCCGGACUUGAGAGGGCCAUUUGGAAGUGCGCGGGAGAAUGCACAGAGAACCGGCAGACAGGACUUGAUCGAACUGAUGGACUGA